AAGUUUAACAAAAAUGGCAUAUAGUUGGGACAACCGAGUUACAUUUUUAAUUGAUCAUUUAUAUGAUGUGGACCACAACGGAUAUCUAAACAGGGACGAUUUUCUGUGUACUGCCCUGAGAUCAACGGUCAGGGCAGGUCUUGGUUCGGUCUCGUUAUCCUCCCUGCAGGAUGAGCAGAGGCUGAUGCUCAGUCUUUGGGAAGAAAUUGCCGACAUAGCGGAUCUCAACCAAGAUGGUAUUAUAACAGUUGAAGAAUUCAAACAAGCAGUACAAGCCACAUGUGUUGGUAAACAUUAUGAAGAAUUUCCACAGGUUCCAAGCUCUAUUCGCGCCUCGGAACGCUUGGUAUCAAGCAGUAGUGAUAUCAGUUUUCACUUGAAUAUAGAUCUUAAUAUGAUCUCAGGUAAAAAUAGCCUCUCGGGGCAUUGCUGCAAUAUAUUACAACCAAUAAAGAAAGUAACACCGGGUUGA